AGUGACAGCAUGGACUCGCGCAGCUGGGAAAGUCAUGAGCGACAAAAUCUAAAAGGAGACAACUGACAGCUAAGGCUCUAAGGAGAGCCUGGCUGUGGGCCAACGUUGGCGUAGAACAGGUACUUAAAAUAUCGUCAACUCUGGACGUCAAAGUCGCGACUUUGUUUCCACUUCGACUAAUGAGGAACAGAAAACAAAGUGGCACGCGGCUCCCUCCUGCGAAAAUGAACCGAACAGGUGCGUUGUCAGGUAAUUAAAAAGCACAAAACGUCGCAUUAGACGUUAUGGAGGAGAAACGUUUUUCGGCGUCUGGAAGCGGCGAGAGUCUUUCGUCCGGCUCACAAACCUUGUCCGAGGGGGAGGAAGUGGUGGCUGCGGUGGAUAUUAAAGUUUACGAAGCUGGACAUGAUGGUCACAGCUUGGACUUUGAAGCUGUAAAUGAAGAAGAGGACGGAGGACAUGCAGAAUAUGACAAGGAGACACCAGAGGACGAUUAUGAAGACGAUGAAGAAGAUGAGAAGUUGGACAACAUCCUUUAUCCACCCCCCACAUCCCUCAGGAAGUCCAGUAACCCUGAACUGACUCAUGGAUUAAGUCCUGCUCUCAAAUUAAAACAAAAUCUCAGUGAGGAUGGAAAACAUGUUCGUAGAAGGAGUCUGGGUGGUGGUCUCACAGGAAAGUACCUUCUGCUACCCUCCAACUUCCAGCAAACACAGGCGGCUCUGCACUCGUCGUCUGAGACUUCCAACCUGGUUCGUAUGCGCUCCCAGAACCUCGGAAAAUCGGACCCCUCCCUCACCUCCAGCUUGAAGGAGCUGAGUCUUCCCAGGAGAGGCAGUUUCCUCACUCCCCGAAGCUUGAGCCCCACUCCCACUAGUCCUUGCAGUCCGUGCAGCCCACUGCACGCUUUUCAUUUCUGGAGCUGUAGAACGAGCAACAGAAAAAGCCUGAUAGGAAGCGGUCAGUCGUCAGGAUUACCACGACCUCAUUCUCCUCUCUCAUCUCUUACAGGAACAAGCCCACAAGACAGCCCUAGAAAUUUCUCUCCCAGUGCCUCUGCUCAUUUCUCCUUUGCACGAAGGACUGAUGGUCGCCGCUGGUCUUUGGCCUCCCUCCCCUCCUCUGGAUAUGGAACCAACACACCCAGCUCGACAGUCUCUUCAUCCUGUUCAUCACAGGAGAAGCUGCACCAGCUGCCCUUCCAGCCUACGCCGGAUGAACUGCACUUCCUCUCCAAGCACUUCUGCACUGAGAGCAUCUCCGGGGAUGAAUGCCGCAGAGCGACGGCCAUGCGACCCCGCUCACGCAGUCUCAGCCCUGGAAGAUCCCCAUCUUGUUACGACCAUGAAAUUAUUAUGAUGAAUCACGUCUACAAGGAGCGGUUUCCUAAGGCCACAGCUCAGAUGGAGGAGAAGAUUCAGGAGAUCAUCCGCAGCAACUCUCCAGAGAGCUUCCUGCCUUUGGCAGAUGGUGUGCUUGGCUUUGCCCACCACCAGAUAAUUGAACUGGCCCGUGACUGCCUGGAAAAGAGCCGGUUAGGACUCAUCACCUCCAGUUACUUCUGCGAACUCACUGACAAAUUGGAGAGGCUCGUUCAAGAGUCCACAGAGAGGUCAGAAAGCGAAGAAGUAAACUUCAUCAGAGAAGUGGUGAAGAAGAUCCUCAUCGUGAUAGCGCGACCUGCUCGGCUGCUGGAAUGUCUGGAGUUUGACCCAGAAGAAUUUUACCACCUCCUGGAGGCUGCUGAAGGACAUGCUAAAGAGGGCCAGGGCAUCAAAUCAGACAUCCCCCGUUACAUCAUCAGCCAGCUGGGACUCACACGAGAUCCUCUGGAAGAAAUUGCUCAGCUGACCAGCUGUGACAGUGGGAUUGCAGAAACCCCAGAAACGGAUGACUCUUCUCAGAGCCUCGGCACUGCCCUGCGGUCCCGAAGGAAACCCUGCGAAUUGGACUUUGAGAUGACAAAGCUCAUCAGCAAUGGUGCCUAUGGAGCUGUUUAUCUGGUUCGCCACAAGGAAACUAAGCAGCGAUUUGCCAUGAAAAAGAUCAACAAGCAGAACCUGAUUCUGAGGAACCAGAUACAGCAGGCCUUUGUGGAGAGAGAUAUCCUCACCUUUGCUGAAAACCCUUUUGUUGUGUCCAUGUACUGCUCCUUUGAGACACGGCGACACCUGUGCAUGGUGAUGGAGUAUGUUGAAGGAGGAGACUGUGCCACCCUUUUGAAGAACAUGGGUCCGCUGCCUGUGGAUAUGGCCAGGAUGUACUUUGCAGAGACUGUACUGGCUCUGGAGUAUCUCCACAACUACGGCAUCGUCCACAGAGAUCUCAAACCUGACAAUCUGUUGGUGACCUCAAUGGGGCACAUCAAGCUCACGGAUUUUGGUCUUUCCAAAGUCGGGCUGAUGAACAUGACCACCAACCUGUAUGAGGGGCACAUAGAGAAAGAUGCCAGGGAGUUCUCUGAUAAGCAGGUGUGUGGAACCCCAGAGUAUAUUGCUCCAGAGGUCAUUUUGAGACAAGGCUAUGGAAAGCCGGUGGACUGGUGGGCUAUGGGCAUCAUCCUUUAUGAGUUCCUCGUGGGCUGUGUGCCUUUUUUUGGAGACACACCCGAGGAGCUGUUUGGACAGGUCAUCAGCGAUGAGAUCAACUGGCCUGAAGGGGAGGACGCUCCCCCUUCUGAUGCCCAGGAGCUCAUCACCUUGCUUCUGAGGCAGCAUCCACUGGAAAGAAUGGGCACAGGUGGAGCUGCUGAGGUCAAGCAGCAUCAGUUUUUCCACAAUCUGGACUGGAAUGGCCUGCUGAGGCAGAAAGCCGAGUUUAUUCCACAGCUGGAGUCUGAAGACGAUACAAGCUACUUCGACACUCGCUCUGAGAGAUACCAUCACCUGGAGACAGAGGAAGAGGAUACGAACGACGAGGACUUCAAUGUGGAGCUGCGGCAGUUCUCCUCUUGCUCUCACAGAUUCUCUAAGGUUUACAGCAGCCUGGAUUUGUCCCGUGGACAUCUGGAGGAGAAAGGAGAGACAGAGGAGAAGAAGAGUGAGAGCCCACUGACUGUGGAUUCUCUUAGCUGGACACCAGACUUUGCUGAAAUGCCCUCGCUGUCCCAUUCAACAGACACGGACAGCAUAAAUCAGGUCCCUCGUCCCAAUUUGCUACCAAAGUUUGCCAUCUCAGCCGAGAGCGAAGGGGACGACACCUCAGGCCUCGGUGACCCCAGCAAGGCCUCCUUCUCUAUCGGAGAGCUGCCACAGGACAAGCCUGACGCCACCACCCCCGGCAGCACUCACAGUGGAGCUACGCUGUCCGGAAGUUUCUCUGAACAUCUGGACCAGCUGACACCUAGAGGUGAGGGCGUAGAGAGCCCUGACAGCACCAGCCAUGCAUCCACAGACCAGACUCCUCAGACCACCUCUCUGCGACCCGACGGUGCCGCAGAAAAGACAAAAGCUGUUGUGAAAGUCCCCAAAUCUGUGUCAACUGGAGCCCUUUCCCUCAUGAUCCCUGGAGAUAUCUUCGGAGUGUCUCCACUGGCCAGCCCUCUUUCUCCUUACUCCCUCUCUUCAGACCCGUCUUCAAGAGACUCCUCUCCAAGCAGAGACUCCUCACUCUUCACCGCCAACCCGAGGCAGCCUGUGGUCAUCCACAGCUCCGGGAAGAAGUUUGGCUUCACGCUGAGGGCAAUCCGGGUGUACGCUUGUGACGGUGACAUCUACACUGUCUAUCACAUGGUUUGGAAUGUAGAAGACGGGGGACCUGCACACAAAGCAGGACUUAAAGCUGGAGACCUCAUUACUCACGUGAACGGAGAACCGGUUCAUGGUCUGGUCCACACUGAAGUGGUGGAGCUUCUGCUGAAGAGUGGAAGUAAAGUGGCCAUCUCUACAACUCCCUUUGAAAAUACUUCUAUAAAAACUGGUCCAGCCAGGAGGAACAGCUACAAGAGCAAGAUGGUGAGGUGUGGCAAGAAGCCCAAGAAGGAAAAGACUCCAGAAAGGCGGCGCUCCCUUUUCAGACGUUUUGCCAUGCAGCCCUCUCCUCUGCUUCAUACAAGCCGUAGUUUCUCCUCCCUCAACCACUCUCUUUCAUCUGGUGAGAGUCUCCCUGGCUCCCCUACCCACAGUCUCUCCCCUCGAUCCCCCACCGCCGCCUUCCGCCCCGCACCAGAUUUCACUCAGUCAGGUGGUAACUCCUCCCAGAGCAGCUCUCCCAACUCAAGUGCUCCAAACUCUCCUGCAGGCUCAGGCCACAUCCGGCCCAGCACUCUGCACGGCCUCGGCCCAAAGCUGCCAGGUCAGAGGCUUCGACAGGGGCGCCGCCAGUCUGCUGGGAGCAUCCCCCUCUCUCCUCUGGCCCGCACACCUUCACCCACCCCACAGCCAACAUCACCUCAGCGAUCACCCUCUCCCCUUCUUAGUGGACACUCUGUAGCACUUUCAAAAACAACCCAAGCCUUCCCCACCAAGAUACAUUCUCCACCUACAAUAGUGCGCCAUAUUGUCUGUCCCAAAAGUGCUGAGCCGCCUCGUUCGCCCCUCCUAAAGCGUGUCCAGUCAGAAGAGAAGCUGUCGCCGUCCUACACAGGAGAGAAGAAGCACCUGUGUCCCAGAAAACACAGCUUGGAGGUGACCCAAGAGGAGGAGCAGGAUGAGGAACCGAGGACUGGGGAGCAGGAUUACACAGUCAGGCAGAGUGUGGAUGAAGCAGCCAGUGAGCCGCUGGCAAUCACACGCAUACGACCUGUUGAGCAGGGAUGCUUAAAAAGGCCAAUAAGUCGUAAGAUGGGCCGGCAGGAGUCUGUGGAGGAGCUUGACAAAGAAAAACUGAAAUCCAAGAUGGUUGUGAAGAGACAGGACUGGUCUGAGAGAAGAGAGUCUCUGCAGAAACAAGACGCCCUCCAUGAAUCUGACUCAUCACCACUGUGUGGUGAUGAGAGGGAUGAAGGCUUUCUGGUCCGAAGUCAAAACAAAACCCAGAGCAGCCCAGAGUCUGGCCCUCUGGAGGCUAAAGCUGCCAGUACAACCCUUAAAGAUGUCUUGUACAAAAAACUGUCCACACGUGCAUCUGAGGGCAUCGGUGAAACGGCUGGUGGCAGCUGUGAGAGUGACGGUGGCCCCCGAUCAUCUCCCUGCUCCGUUCAUCCAGAGCGGCAGCACUCUAGACAGGGUAAAGACGGCAUGAAGCCAGACAGGCUGGACUUCAAAGCUCCCAACAUUGAGUUCACCAGGAAAAGGCUGUCAUUCGAAGAACGAGAAGACUGCAUGUGUCGAUUAUCCUCUGGCCUCCACGAGAACCUCCACUUUGGUUCCAUGAGGUCAAAGAGCCUCCAACUGGACGCAGCCAUGACUCACGACCACAUGAAGGGAGCUAUUCACUCAAACCCUGAAGGUCUGGCCCCCAAGCUUUUCUCUGGGAGAGGAGAGAGCGCUGUGGAAAAGCUCCAGCUCAUUUCCUCUGCAGAGUCUCCUCUGAGAAAGACAUCAUCUGACUAUAAACUUGAGGGACGCCAUGUCUCCUCUCUAAAACCUCUAGAGGGCACCCUGGAUAUUGGUCUGCUUUCAGGACCCAGAGCUUGUAAAGCAGAAAACAGCUCUACUAAAACGACAGACAACACAGGCGACACCUCUUCUGUGAGUCCUCCAAUGUGGCUUCAGAGUCCAACCGAGAGACAGAUAACCAUCUCCCAAAUGAAAACCGCAGACAAAGUACAAAGUCCACUGAUUUACUCAUCGAGUCCUGAAGCAGUUUCCUUUUUAAAUAACAUAACUGUCUCCAAAGAGCAGUCUCAUAACACAGCCUCAGAAAUCAGAACAAAUGGAAGCUGUGACAAAACACAGGACAGACCUGGAAAAUCAUUAAAAGCAUCAAGCAGCAAAGUGGAGGCCUUCACUGUCAAACAGGAGAGCCGAACCACAGUGAAGGCCUCCUCCUCGCUUGCUCAUGACCACAGAGGUCCUCGGCACAGUUCCCAUUUCUCCUCCUGUGGAAAAACACCCUCCAUACGGGAAGUGAGCAACGAAGAUCAGGAGGAUGAAGUAGAGCAGCAGGAAGUCACGCCACAUACUGCAUCACAGAACACGGAGAGCUCCAAAACAGUGGUCUCUUUGACUUCAGCGAAGCUGGAGGUAGACAUUAAAACUCCUACACAAGUGGAGACUCCAGCUGCAACUGCCAGUGAACUGUUACCUGGCCCUCUGAAGCAGAGCACAAACUCUAGUUUGGACACAGGUCAGCUUCAGAGCUGUGAAAAAAGAAAAACCGCUGCACACAAAUCCAACUUGACCUCAGCUUUUAAGGUGACUGUAGAGAACGUCUCUACUUCUGCACAAGCUCCAGAGAAUGUGCUUUCUAAACCUCUAAACAUCUGUUCCUCUAGUACACAGCCACACAUUUCUGUCACAUCAUCAACGUUUGGUUCUGAAUAUGAUAAUAAAUCCAGCAGCUCAAAGCCAGAAGACAGCUGUGAAGCAUCUGCUGGUGAGGAUGCAGCGCUAUCCAACACAUCAGCUGUGAAGCUGGCUGGACAUACAGACAGCAGUCAGGCAGAAAUCCACACAUGUGCCACUAAAUUAAAUAAAACGAGAGACCUUUGUAUAGUAAACAUGGGCACCUCGUUAAAUAUUGCAACAAAUGACAAACUGAAUGUGAAUAAAAAGGAUAACACUGUGUCUGCUGGUGCAGCAAAGGGCAUAUCACAGCAGAAAGAAGUUCCCAUUUCACCAAAGAACACAGGCCAUGUGAAAGAUUUAGAGCCGCUGCCAAAAAACUGUCCAGCUGAAAAAGCACAACACAAACUCUCUGGUUCAGAGCUAAAGAAAGAAGACACUGUUGUUAGGGUGAAAGAAAACACUGUGGUCCCCUCUGCAAAACUAAAAGGCUCAACUCCAAGUACAAAUGAAAAUAUUUCAAGUCCCAAAACUAAAUCCAGGCCUGAUCUUCAGCCUGUGUCGCCCACAUCUGGAAAAGAGGCAAAAGCAUCAGAAGUGAAGUCUCACAGCACAGCUCCUCCCGUCCCAGGGCUUAAAUCCAGUCCAAACUCUAAACAGAGGGACGUGGAGAAAGAAUCUACAGUAACUUUGAACUUUCAAGCAAACCGUGAUGCUAAAUGGAAAGAGGCCUCGUUGUUGUCUGCCAGAGCUGACACAAAGCAGGAAGAGUCUGUGCUGCCAACACGUUCGCCCACCCGUGGAGAUGUGAGGCAAAGAGAGACUCAGCUUAAAAGUUCUGUAGCAGUUAAAGACAACGCAGACUCGAAGCCAAAACCUCUUCCCUCUAAAACUGUAACAAUGUCCACUUUAAAGCCUUCUGUAGCUCCAGCACCAGUCAGUAAGCAAAGUCUGGAUGCCAAACCUAGAGACCACUUGUCCAAAAACCAAGAUCAUGACUCAAAACCAAAAGACAUCAUCUCACCUCUCGCUACACCUCAGCGUCAGCAGCUCCGGAAGGAGCAGCCGUCAGAUGUUACUUCUCAGCCUGAUCCACCUCCAGUGCUGCCAAAACCUGGUAAAAAAGACCCACCAAACACUGGAGGCAGAGUAUCCAGUUUUGAGCCAGUGGUCAAACCAUCAAAGGAUGCUCCCAAGUCUGAAACGCUUAAACCAGACAGCCACAAGGCUCCAGAUACCCGAAUCACCACCCCUGACAAGCAGCCGCCCUCCGGCCGGAAGGAGCAAGCUGACAAGAAGAAAAAAGACGCAGCUCAAGAGGUCACGUCUGCACAGAAAAACACAAAAAGAGAUGCAUCCAGGGCCUCUCCCUCAGCUCUCAAAGACACUUCAGACAAAGACAGUAGCAGGUGCAAGCAGCAGAAGGAGUCGCCACGUAGUUCCAGCCACAAAAAGUGAAAGCCGCAGAAAAAAAAAUGCUUCAGAAAAUCCAGAUGGGAUGAAAUGUUUAAAAAUGAACUGUGCAAGCAUCAUCAUGCCUUCUUUGUUUUUGGUUUGUUAGAGGACCGGGCAAGCUGUUACAUGCUGGUGUAGGAGUGUGAACGUGUGUGUGUUUCUUGGUCUGAAUGUAGGUAAUCGUUCUUUUCUGAAGUCAGUGUUUUACUCUCAAUUCAAGUGAAUGUUUGGAAGUUUGUGUUUAUUGCGGAACGCUUUGUGCAAUCAUCAUGUCGGGGCAAUGGAGGGGAGCCUUACAGAGGCCGGAAUGUACAGAAGAAUCGGUGCCAUAGGAUUUUGAAUUGCACUCUUACUUCUAACUUGGAGGACCUGAUGUCGAGGUCUUUUUAAUGCAGUAGACCACGCGAUUUCUGCUCAGCAGCUUCGCGGCUGUUGUUUCUGCUCUGUGUGAUCCAGUUUAUCAUGCGUUGGGUUUUGUGCAGCGGGUCACAGAGGAAGCACACGUCCCGAGCUUUUCACCUAAAAUUUUAACUACAGAAUUAAGUUCCAGUUGUAGAAAUCGUAAAUUAGUGAAAGGGGCCUUAGAUUUAUGGGAAAUAGAACUUCUUGCUGUUCUUAGCAAGAUGUGGUCUUUAUUCACAUUCCUCUGACGUCUGUACAUAUAUUAUUGAUUUUAUGCAAUAUGGUGUAAAUAUAACAUUGUAAAACAGGGAAACAUGGGCUUACAUGAUUGUUGUUUGUAUUAUUUGUAAAAGAUUUUUGCCGUGUCAUGUUUGUAUGCUCAAAGUUAAGAUGUUCUGCUUGAUAACUGUGUGGUCUAAAGUGAGCUACUGCAAUGUUUCUCAUCAGAGGUAAACUCCUCUUUGUGACUUCUAACAUGUUUUCACAUGUUCCAAAAUUGACUUGAAAAGAGAGGAGAGGGUAUGGAGGGGGGGCUAACUGGGCUGUUUCUAAAAAUGUAGCAUUACAUAAACUGUGAGGGCUGACACUAUUUCCCAAGAAUGUUUUUGUUGUUGAUGGUGUGUGUGCUGGCUAACAGGGAUGAUGAACUAUUGGGUUUGAUUGAAGGAAUGAAGCAGCACCCCUAAAUAUGUUCACCAGUGAUUUACUGCAGUAGAUUUCUAAAAUAAAUCAGUCCUUUCAGGGUUACAUCCACGUUCUGAUAUAAGCUGAACGUGAGGAAGAUGCAGCUGAAAAGGGUUCAAGUACACAAAGUGCUUCAUUAACAGGAUGUCAGUGUUGUUUCCAGUCAUGUGUCGGUGUGUCAGCCUGCUUAAAGCUUCACCUGAGCUAAGAUUGAACAAGGAAUCCUGAUUUAACAUGUAAUAUUGGUUCACAAAUACUUGGUACCAGACCCAUACGCUGUCAUUUACUUUCAGCUAUUUUCACACACAUUUCAUUACUAUAUAUGCCUUUAAAUUGCAAACCCUUAAUGACACCCAGAGUAGCCUAGGACUCUAGUGUUAGCAGUAUUUGCUCUGUUGUGCAGGCUAUAUAAAAACAGUAGUCUUAUAUACUACACAUAUAUUAAAAACAAAAAAAGGAAAAAGAAAAAAAAAACUAUUGAAUUCAACUUGAUGCAGCAUAUCUAAAUGUUCUACACUGCAUCUAAGAAUUAAUUGAUAAGAGAUUUAAAUGUUGAUAUAAUCAGAUUUUUUACCUGCAUUAGAUAUUGUAAAUGUAUUGUGAGAGAAUCAAUGCACCUUAAUGUUUGCCGACAUUCAGUCUGAAGGCUGAGUAAGGAGGAAAUUUGGAGCUAAAAGUGGAUCCAGCACAUCCUUUUCACCUACUAAACACAUCCUUUUUUUCUUUUUUCUUUUCCUGUGAUUAAAUGCAUUUAAAUCCUCAAAGCACAUUCAAUGUUUGUUUACAAAGCAUCAUGGAUGUAUAUUUUGUAUAUUGUUGAUUUGCCAAAUCUACGUUCUGUGUCUCGGAUAACGUUGCUUAGCUGUGUGCGACUUUGCCCUCUUGCAACCACAAGUUUGUUUGUGCAGUAAUCGCUGUCUUUUCAUGUGUCGGGUUCUUCUUUGUCUUGUCUUUUCAGUUUCUUUUUUCUUCCUCGGUGCAAAACUAGUAUUAGAUUAACUUGCUCACAAUGAUUUGUUUUUUUAGAACAUGUGCAAUAAAAGUGUUUUGAGUUUUGUAUUUUGCCCAAGGAAAGCUCUAUGGAUGUCAUAGAUGUUGUAUAUUAACAGAUAUUUAUACUUCUAAUGUUGCGUAAUAUUGAAAAUAAAAUGGAGUUCUAAAUUA